AUGGAUGUGGGGUGGAGGAAGAGGGCGGAGGCGGUGAUGGAUUUGGGGAGUAGGAAGAAUUGGGGGGUGUAUACGGGCAUAUUCAUUGUGCUCAUGCUCGUCAUACCCGCUAUCCCGCAUGAUGAGGACUAUCAUGACUUUGCCGACCAACGCACACUUUUCCUUGGGAUCCCUAAUACGCUGAAUGUGAUCUCAAUAAUUCCCUUCAUUUUUGUUGGUCUUGCCGGGCUUAUCCUUAACCACUGCGAAAGCUCACAGAGGUGUCUCUACACAAUCUUCUUUGCUGGUGUCAGUGUUGUUGGUUUUGGUUCAUUCUUUUACCAUCUCAACCCGAAAAAUGACUCACUAUUUUGGGACACAUUGCCAAUGAUGGUCACUUUCACAUCUUUCGAGGCCAUUUUCAUUAUCGAAAGGUUUGAUGAUUUGGCAGGAACAAAGUCGUUUGCAUCAACGAGCUACUGGCUAUGUGCAGCAGGAUUUUACGUUCUUGCAAGAGUACAAGAGGUUGCAGACAAACCAAUUUAUACGUGGACACUUCAUAUUGUCAGUGGGCAUACUCUUGGUCAUUUAUGUGCUGCAAUGGUGCCUCUUUUUUAUAUUCUCUUGUUAGAGAAAAGGACAAGGCCAAUUCAACCAGAAAGGCACAUGAUUCUAGUGCAUCAUCAAUUAAAGCUUGCUUUCAUGGUCUGCUUAUUGGUGCCCAAGAUGAUCUGCCUAUGGAUGCCCAAGUUACAGGUUAGUGCCAUAAUGUAUGAAAUCAGCAUUUUGAUGUGGGAGUUCAGUGCUCGUUAUGUGGCUAAUCAGGCAAAGACCUCUGAAGAGCGAGGAAUGUUAGAAACCCCAAUUCGUGCUCGGCAAAUAGUGCCUCGUGUUCGCGGCCUUUAUGGGAUGGACAUUUAUAAGAAUAAGGUCUUAGAAUUCUUACAAAGUGAACGAUCUGAUGAGUCUAUAUUUGGAUUAUGGGGCACGUCGGGUGUUGGCAAGACACGGCUUCUUUCACUCAUCGCUGAUAGCUUUGCCGAUUCAUUUCAUCACGUCAUAUUUCUUGAUGGUGGUAGUAGCGUCAGAGUUAUGCAAAAUCAUUUCGCAUACUUUUUGAAAUUGGAUUGGGAGACAAUCUCAUUGUUGGAGGAGCAUUACCGAGCUAAAAUCAUCAUGGAGUACCUAGAGCAUGUCAGUUUUUUGGUUCUGUUAGACGAUGUGCAAGAUGAAGUCUACCCAGAUUUGACAGCUGUUGGUUUGCCGAUGGCUCUUGGGCAUAGGCAAAAGGUUAUUCUUACGUCGAGGAGUCAGGUAGCAUGUGCUCGCAUGGGAUGCACCAUAUCAAACACUCUGGAGAUGAAGUGUCUCGGGGAUGAAGAUGCUUGGAGUCUUUUCGAGUAUAAUGCGGGAGUAAAAAUCACAGAAGCUGAUACUGAAAUUUAUGAAUAUGCAAAAAAGAUGGUUUCAGCAUGUGGAGGGUUGCCUAGAGCCAUAUGUGCUAUUGGCAUAGGCGUAGCCGGUGCCACUUGCAGGGGAAAACAUCCAGAUGAUUGGUGGUUUACCUACAAGCGUUUCAAGGCUAAAAAUCUGCCACCGGAACGAAUGGAAGAAAUAGUGCCUGUUCUGGUUUAG